CCGGAAGGCAGGCCUUUCUCGCUCCGAAGUAAAGCCAACCGUCCUGCCGGUCCACCCGGGUUUCCGCAGUCCCCCUGGAAAACUCCUUCCCCUCUUGCACCAAACUUUGCGCCGGGCUUUGCAACCUCCCGAGGAGGCUGCGGCACAGGAAGGGUUAAGACUGCCAGUCCCAGCUGACAGUCAGCUGAUUGGGCCCUGAUUGACAGCUCGGAAAAGUUUCCUUGUUUCUAUAUUAUGCUAAUUGCGGCCGCUCUCGCCGCCUCCCAUUGGUCCGGAGUACCAGUCAAUUUCCCUUUUGGGCCUGACGUCACAAGUGCUAUAAAACUCAGCAAUUGCUUUAAACUCUUCUUGCUGGAUCAGAGGCUUUAAAAUCUUUUUUUCAUCUUCGAGCUGUAGCUCGGGCUGCUCGUCGGCUCGGCCUCUCCCCUUUUGCUCUCCGCCUCGCCUUUCCCCAGGACUUCGCUAUUUCGCUUUAAAAAAAAAAAAGGCAAGAAAGAACUCCGCUCCCCCCUCCCUUUCCUCCAGCCCGGCUGCACCUCUGUCUUGCACUUGGCACGGAGGGAGGAAGACCGCGAGGUUGAGAGAGAGAGAGAGAGGAAAGGAAAAAAAAAAAAAAAAAAAAAAGCCAGGCAGAAGAGGAGGCGAGAAGCAUGAAGUGUUAACUCCCCUGUGCCAAGGCCCGCGCCGCCCGGACAGCGGCCCGCCGCGCCUCCAGCCCCGAGCGGCCGCCGCGCGCGCCCCGCCUGCAGCCCGGGCCGGCGAGGCGAGCACUCCUUAUGCAAAACGCGCAGCGGAGCGGCGAGCGGGGGACGCCGCGCACCCAGCCGGGCUCUUCUGGCUUCGCCGCCGCCGCCGCCACCGCAGCCCGCAGAGGACCUUCCCGAGCCUGAAGCCGCCGGCUCGGCGCGCUAGGAGGCGAGCAGGCGAGGAGGGGCCGGGGCGAGCGAGCAAGCACAUUGGCCCCAUCUGGCGGAGCGGCGGCGGCGGCGGCGGCAGGAGAAUGGCAUCAGAACUGGCAAUGAGCAACUCCGACCUGCCCACCAGUCCCCUGGCCAUGGAAUAUGUUAAUGACUUCGAUCUGAUGAAGUUUGAAGUGAAAAAGGAACCGGUGGAGACCGACCGCAUCAUCAGCCAGUGUGGCCGUCUCAUCGCCGGGGGCUCGCUGUCCUCCACCCCCAUGAGCACGCCGUGCAGCUCGGUGCCCCCUUCCCCCAGCUUCUCGGCGCCCAGCCCGGGCUCGGGCAGCGAGCAGAAGGCGCACCUGGAAGACUACUACUGGAUGACCGGCUACCCGCAGCAGCUGAACCCCGAGGCGCUGGGCUUCAGCCCCGAGGACGCGGUCGAGGCGCUCAUCAGCAACAGCCACCAGCUCCAGGGCGGCUUCGAUGGCUACGCGCGCGGGGCGCAGCAGCUGGCCUCGGCGGCCGGGGCCGGCGCCGGCGCCUCCCUGGGCGGCAGCGGCGAGGAGAUGGGCCCCGCCGCCGCCGUGGUGUCCGCCGUGAUCGCCGCGGCCGCCGCGCAGAGCGGCGCGGGCCCGCACUACCACCACCACCACCACCACCACGCCGCCGGCCACCACCAUCACCCGACGGCCGGCGCGCCCGGCGCCGCGGGCAGCGCGUCCGCCUCGGCCGGUGGCGCGGGCGGCUCGGGCGGCGGCGGCCCGGCCAGCGCCGGGGGCGGCGGCGGCGGAGGCGGCGGCGGCGGCGGCGGCGGCGGCGGCGGCGGGGGCGCGGCGGGGGCGGGGGGCGCCCUGCACCCGCACCACGCCGCCGGCGGCCUGCACUUCGACGACCGCUUCUCCGACGAGCAGCUGGUGACCAUGUCGGUGCGCGAGCUGAACCGGCAGCUGCGCGGGGUCAGCAAGGAGGAGGUGAUCCGGCUGAAGCAGAAGAGGCGGACCCUGAAAAACCGCGGCUAUGCCCAGUCCUGCCGCUUCAAGAGGGUGCAGCAGAGGCACGUCCUGGAGUCCGAGAAGAACCAGCUGCUGCAGCAGGUCGACCACCUCAAGCAGGAGAUCUCCAGGCUGGUGCGCGAGAGGGACGCGUACAAGGAGAAAUACGAGAAGCUGGUGAGCAGCGGCUUCCGAGAAAACGGCUCGAGCAGCGACAACCCGUCCUCUCCCGAGUUUUUCAUGUACCCAAGGGAAUCCUCUACAUCAGUGAUGUGAAAAAUCCUGUUGCCUGAAGUCAAAGAGAAAAUAUGAUGCUGGCAUGCUAAUUGCGUGAGACAACUCGGCCCGCAGACAGCCACAAAGCACAAAAACAAAACAAAACUCAGAGAAGAAACGAGAAUGGUGUUUUCCUGGCGUCUACAAGAAGCGCUUUAUUUUUCCUCUAGAUUGCUUUUCUAAAAAAACAAAACAAGACAAAAAACAAAACUGAAACAAACAUUUAAAGGAACAAGACAAAAAACUUCAGGUGAUACUAUUCAAGCAUGUUCUUUUAUUAAGCGUAGGAUGAGAGGAACAAGAGGACACGGAAGCAGGAUGCUGAACACUGAGGGGCUGUGAACCUCCGCGAUGGCAUUGUUUCCCAAAACUGUGAGUGAAGAAUGGAGGGAACAUCUUUUUAUCCCCCAUCCCCAAAAUAUCCUGUAAUGUCGCAAGACUUCCUUUCCUGCCUGUCAAGGUAUCUAGGGAAUGAUUUACAAAAUGUGUUUGUUAUAAUUGCUAAAGAAUCUUUUGUAUAGCUUUGGCCGGGGAGUUGGUGGACCAGUAGUUGGUGGACCAGUACUUGGCAACCCAGUAAUUGUGUCUAUCCCACCCACUUCUAAGUGUCACCUCCGUCUCGGCUGGAACAAGGUUCAGAGGGUCCUCUCUCCAGUAGUUGACAAGGCCACUCCGACUUGAUCAGGCUGAAGUUAUCUCCUGGAUCAGUGCAGCGAAGGAUAAACACUGGCCUUUUUCUUCCCUAAAUAAGAAAAAGGCAGCUCCUGGCUACAGUGUGGCCAUGGAGGCUGUGCCUGGGGCGGGGGCGUGGGGCACCAGGCUGUCCUACAGCGUGAGAAUUGCUCGUGCUUCUACCGUGAGACCAAGAACCUACCGAGCAGCUAAGCUUCACUUUCAAACAGGCCAUCACCAGGGGAGCAGAGGGACCCAGGCCUGCCCCAGCCCCAGAAAAGACGUAUUAUCCCUUUACCCCCAGAACUCCCUGCUUCCCAGUGGUCCCUAACAUUUCUCGCUCUGUUGUGACGACUCUUGUAUCCUUGACUCUAGCGGAUCUGGGUCGGAGGAACAUGGAAGCCCUGGCAUGAUAAGUCGGAAGGGGGCCAGCGCUGGCGGUCACGCCCGAGCGCUCGCGCGUGGUGGGCGUGUGCGCUGAUCCUUGCCGAGCGCCCACUUAGCCGGACGGGCUGCCAAGUCCUUCCUGGAUCAGCCUCUCGCUGAGCGCCCACAGGGCCCGGGCCGUGUCUUCGCUCUGGGCUUCCGUCGAGGGCAUGCAGCGGCAGCAGCUGUUGAAGUACAUCCCUCCCAGACCCUCCAGUUCUGGAGCGGCAGCACAGUAGACGGUGGUGGCGGCUCCUUGUUGCUGGAAAGCAAAGAACAAAGACCACGGAACGUUAUUUUUUUAAGAAAAGAGGUGAUGGAAUGAUUUUCUUCUAACUGGGAAUGAGCAAGAGUCUCUCCCCGCCUGGUUCAGAUGCAUCUGGAUCUCAGCACGGCCGAGGGUACCGAACUCAAAGCACGUGACUGUAAAAGGUACGAUGGGACCAUCCAGGGAAAACGAGUUCAUAAACUCCGCUCGUAAAGCUAAUGUGACUUUCUACACCUCAUAUAGGAAAAGGCUUUGAACACAGACUACACAUCUAUCAGUUAAUCACAUCAGAUGUCUCUUCUGAGCAACGAGAAGACGGGAGCCUUUUGAACACGCAAGAACAAAUUCAUCCAACUCCCUCACUUCUCAACGCAUAAUGUCAUUUGACACUGAGAAGUUUCUAGAAACUUCUCUCUGAACUAAAGCAACCACUCUAAUCAUGGCCCAUCAGGUAGAAAACCAAGCGGGACUGGUGCCAGAUUUUUCCUUAUUCGUUGCCCAUGGGGCUGCUAGAGGAAGGGUUUGUGAUGCUGUGUUAAGAUGUUUGAGACACACGUAUACACACGUUCCCCACCAUCACACAUGCCUCAGGCAGACACAAGACACGUUUGUGAAUUUAUCCUUAUCCUGGAAACCUUUUCAGAAGUAUUGUAUUCAGCCCAUACUUGCAGUGGGACAGUGGCUUGGGGGGCCAUGUCCUCCCAGCCCCCUUCAAAAUGCAAGUUGCAAUGAGUGCAAUUGAUCACUUCCGAUUGACCUUUUGAGUAGCAGUUGGCGCUGUGGCUAGGGACGUGUGUGCCAAUGGGGCACCGUAGCAUCCGGGCUGACAGAAUACUGUCAGGGAUGCUGGAAAGAGGGCAAGAAAUCACUUUGCUUUGCGAAAGCCAUAAUUAAAAAUAAUAGGCUGGUGUUCAUAGGGGGACACCGUCGGCACGGCUCUCAUUUGAAACCAAUAACAGUUUAUCUGGCGUCUUAUGAUUAUUUAUGUGCAUCACAGCCCUUGCUGCAUCAACUAAUUAUCAGUUGACAGAGAAGGGGGCUGGGAGACAGAGGAGAAUGGAGAAAGAUAACUGGGGAUAAGGUCAACGUUAGGAAAACAUUAAGGACGUCUAAUUGCGAGGGAAAUGAGUUUCCAUCCCCACCCAAAAGCUUACUCUUUUUCUCCCCCUACAGGGUUUACACUGGUGCCCAAGCAGAGAGCUUACUGGAGAGCAUCCCCCCCAUAGGGUUUGGUUUGCAUUCACAGUGGUUGUUUCGUACAACCCUCGGGAGCCAAGGUCAUUCUGAGAAUCAAGGUCUCAAGGUAUUAUGAUUGUAGGGAAGUUCUAUAGAGUAGACUUGGGGUUUUUGUUGCAGGGGGGCGGGGGCACGUUUAUUGCAUUUGUCUGAAAACCAUAUGGUCAAAUACAUUGAAGUGACAGGCUUGUGCAGAGGAGGGUGGCGUGGCAUGGGAGUGGGAUACCUGAGUUCUGAUAAUAACGGGCUGCUUGACUGUAUUGGACAAGGCCCUUUGGUCCAAAAAUUGUACCCCUGACGUGACUUCUCUUUAACGAAAUAGUAAUCGGUGUGUGAUUUCCCCAGCCCUGUCACCCAUGCCCACUCCCCAAACAGCCAAUUGUUUAUUUUCUUGGGUUCACCUGUUUCUUUUCAAAUCAAUUUGUUGGCUCAGGUCUAAUGGACAUGAGCCCAUGUCAUCCAAAUUUCCUUUCACUGAAUUAUUAUUCCUAAUAACCCUUAGCUUAGCACAUUUAUCUAACGAAGUUCCAGUGGCUUAUCUGACGCCCCUGCAUCCCAUGUGGGGAAAAAAGGCAAGCAAAGCACCUCUGAAGACAAAUGGAAGACUAGAGAUGCUCAUCUCGCUAACCCAAGCAAAUAACAUCUUGGCCUCAAUUCUUAGCAGAUGUCAGGUGGAGAUGGUGUUUUUGAAUAAUUUUCUGGAUAUCUGUUUUUGAUUUCCAUUUUACUUUGCAACUGCCCAAACCACCAAAGAGUGGUCAGGGCCCUUGGCAUCAGCUCUCAAGUGGUGGGAGAAGCCAGUCAGCUCAUCCCUAAAUCCAGGCUCCCUCAACCCCACCCCAGAGCGGUUAUAGUAUCAGCAUUCAUACAUCACAACAAACUGGCCCCUCACAGCUCCACCAAUCCUGAGAAAAGAUCAAAGUUGGCCACUUGGGAAAGCAACAAACGGAAUUCUUCCAAACCCAGUGUAAUCUUUUGCCACUCUGACAUUCUAAAAUGAUACCGUGCUGCACUCUCUUGCAUUGUUGGAAUGGUAUUUUUGCAGAGAAAUUCUGCGCUCACGUUGAUUCAGAAUUGAGUUGAUGAGGGAGCUGGGGGGCAUGCAUUUUCCCUCCACGGAAUGUGAAAGCAAUCGCAAUCGACCUCAUUUCAUGUAAACCGCCACUUGGCUACCACGCUGACAACCGUAAAGGUGAGUAAAGCCCAAUCUUUUAUCAAGAGCUGGCUUUGAUUCCUUUGCCACCAGGCUCAGGGUGAUGCACAAUUUAAAUCAUCACCAGCGGUGCUGACUCUGUAGAACACAUACAGCAGGGCACCUGAAAGCAAAGACCACCUUUUCCGCUCCGAAGAUCAACUGUGCACAUUUGGCAAAGAGAGACUGGACGGUGAAGUAGUGACAGCAUCUUUUCGUCCCAAGCCCACGACCCUUUCGGCUUCUCAGGGAAUGCUCUUUUCAGCUGCACAUGGCGGCCUCUGAGUGACAUCUUUAUAUGAUCAGAUGGGAUGACGGUUUAAUAACAAGGUCUAAUUUGGCGUCAUCAGCUUUCGGCCUAUCACCAGGGUGAGAUGGAGCCGCGUGAGGAAAUCUCAUUAGUAAAGAAGCUGGUUCUGCUGAUACAAGAGAAAACAUUUUUAAACUGACAAAAGAAAAAUUUUUAAAGAGCACUUCAUCGCCAUCAGAUGACUUUCAUGCCACUCUGGUGGAGGGGCAUCAGUCCGUAAUCCAGAAAAAAAUGAAAGAGCCCUAUCGAGGAAAUGAUGUUACCAACUCUGAUACAAAAUAUCUGCCUUGCUGGUUGGCACCGCUGCUUACUGAUCCGUCGUGGUACGAUAACAGCCAUAUCUUGACAUAUAUAAACACUAGCAGGAGCUGUGGGUUCCCCUCAGUGAUUUUUUUAAGAACAAAUUCACGGGAAGCCUGGAGGUUGCAUGCCGUUGCUGAUCAUGGGAACCGGGGUGGCGACUCUGUCCUGUAGCAGCAGCAGUGAGUGAGGGCGUGGAUCGCACGGGGCUGAGGAGUUCUGGGAAGCCCAGUAGAAUCUUGAAUCACGCCUGAAUGCCAUUUCUGAUUUAGUCAAACAUUUCUGAGCUGCCAAAGGAGAACUACGCCAUCAAUCUUUAUAGCGUCUGUACAAUUACCCAGGAUUCGUGUUUGGGAUUAAGUUAAGAGCAUCUGGGUAAUAAGGGGGUUCAUCAUUCUCUUUCAGAAAUCAAUCAUUUGUCGGACGAGCGGCACAGUCUUCAACUACAGAAAGGUGGGAGUUAGAGAGCAGUUACUGUUCACUUAUCGUUGGGGCCCUGAGGUCUAAAUCAUCCAUCCUUCCAAAGCCCUUGGUUGGGAUGAAACAGUGACGUAGCCACGUUUCAACAACAUUUACUUGAUAACCACUGGCCCUCAAUGUGCAGCUGUCCACACAGACUCCAAAUGAAUAUUCACUCUUUGCAAGAGAAAGGUACAGGGGUUUCUGAUCAACUAUCUAGGCUUAAGGAAAAAUCCACCCACAUGUUAAUAUUUGUAAUGCAUUGGUAGGUACGCUAAUAUAACUUACGUUUUAAUAAGGACACAUGUUACAUAAUUAUGUUUAGUUUUCAGGUUUCUCUACUUUUAAAAUGCAUGCUUCGUUAAAAAAGAAAGGAUAAAUUUCUGUCUUAAAAUACAUUUGACUCUGAGACACCUAAAAAAGUAGCCACACUACCAUGGGAUAUCUGUAUAGUCAAUGAUUUUGAGAGUAGCAGAUGUUCUAAGAUUGCUUUCCUACAGACACGUCGGUAUCAGGACAGCGCACAGCAAAUGUUGAGAGAAUCAAUCUAUGCAGAAAGUGGAGCUGAGAAAGGGAAGGCAGCACAGAACUUACACUGGACUUGGAGCCCCAAGGGCAGGGAAGGAGAACUUCCCUUCUGGAAGCGGGCAGUGACGACUGUGCUGAAUUCCCGAGACAAAGAAGUUUGCAGGUGUCACAGGAAGAGAAGACAGGUGCCUCUUCGAACCCUCAAAGCUUUCCCUGUUACUCAUCUGGGGUCUGUGAGGCAAAGCAAAUGCAGAACUGAUGCAACGCCCCGGUGAGUAGAGCAGACUCAUUUAUCCCGGAGCCUUGGUGGAGAUGGGGCAGUGAAUGCAGGUGCCUGCCAUAGGUGGGACAGAUGGCCGCCCUCUCAGUCUCUUCAUGUCUCCCAAUAACCCUCCCCAAAGAGAGUUUUCAGCUACCCUACUGGAAACGUGCGACGCGGUGUCUCAGGGUUCAUCUCCUGAGACUGGGGCGCUUGGAGCACAGCUGUUCCUCAGCAAUAGGACGGUUUAAAUCUGAUUUGAGAGAAAAACACAAAGGUUAUGUGUUCCCUCCUCACCAUCUGAGAACAAUCUUGUUUUUUUUUUUUUGCGGUACGAGGGCCUCUCACCGUUGUGGCCUCUCCUGUCGCAGAGCACAGGCUCCGGACACGCAGGCUCAGCAGCCAUGGCUCACGGGCCCAGCCGCUCUGCGGCAUGUGGGAUCCCCCCGGACCGGGGCACGAACCCGCGUCCCCUGCAUCGGCAGGCGGACUCUCAACCACUGCGCCACCAGGGAAGCCCUGAGAACAAUCUUUGAAGCCGACAGGUGAGCCACAUAUUCUGUUAGUUGAUAGAGCGACGCAGCUUAUGCAGGCGUGAGGCUCAAGGGCCUCCCUGCUCGUGUGACCACAACCGACCCCUGGCCCUCCCGCCUGGGUGUGGAAUGAGUGCAAAUCAGUAACGUACCAACUUCCGCCAAAAUGAUGUGAGACAGGAGACGACAGAGAACGUGCCUCGAAAGGACCCUUUUCCUCCACACUGUCGAGCUUUUCUAGUGAGUCGUUGCACAUGGGGGCUGUUAAAGUGGUAAGGAUGGCCAGCAUCUGCUGGGAGCUAGCCAUUCCUCUGGCACUGUGCGGAAAGCUUCGUAAGCACCGUAUUCUAACCCGCACACAGCUCUACCAGCCAGGGACGGUCAUCAUCCCCAUCUACAGGGAAGCCUACUUAGCACUAGAGCUCAACAGCAACUCGUCCAAAGCCACACAGAUCAUCCCACAGAUGGACCCUCUGGAAUCCAUGCCCGAUGCAGUACCAAACCUCCUUCCCAAACUCCCGACACAAAUUUGCAGGCUGCCCGUUCCCUGUGUCUCCCGUCUGGCUGAAGCUACCUUAGGAGGAGUCCUCUUUCCCUUCUCAGCCAGGCCACGUCUGGCCGAAAAUCAAAUGGAUGGGCUGUACGUUUAAUUUUUAAAAAACGGGCUGUCAUGUGCUCACCUGAGAAAUGUUGGGAGGAGAUUUUCCCGUUGUUGAUUUAGGCAGUGAACUAAAUGGAAAUUAUAACAAAAAUGAAGACCCAGCGCCACCUCAAAAGAUCCAAUGGCAAGUCUUAACAAAACCAUCACCUGAUUCAAAAUGCCACCUCCAGGUGCCAGAUGUGACCAGCUGUGACCCUACUACUCUUGGACGAUCGACUUGUUUUCAAAGCGUGAACGGAACCGCAUCAAAACCAGUGAAACCCCGAGCGAUCUCCAUCUUUAUAACCUCACACACGUGUACAAGGAAUAUGGUCUUUUGGAGGAUAGUUAGUAUCUGACAUGUCACAGCAGGUUUGCACAGGAAAAUGACCCACCUCCCUCUCCUGCCCUCCCCCAGUUAAUUCCUGCAAAUUCCUAAGAAGUGAUUCCUACCAAGGCGCUGAACAAUAUAGGCUUAGGCACCUGCAAAUACUUCUUGUAGAUAUGGUAAUAUAACUUUCUUCAUAGCCCUCGGGAGUUUUGCUAACUCACGGGCUGUUCUUAGCAUUUAUUACAGAAGGGAAAGCCACUCAAUUUCCCAAGUAGAAAAAGUGAAGAGGGUCAGGAAAGCGGGUGUUUGUGUCUAACUGAGGAGGCUGGAAAAGCCUUCGAGAGUGUUCUGGAGAAUCCAUUUGGAUCACAUGCAGAUCUUACAGCCUGACGUAAGAGAAUGUGUACCUACCACCAUGGGUUAGGACAUUUACCUCCUGCCUCAGGGCAAGAGUUUCUUUGCUAAAGAGGAUCCCAAACGUGGAAAGCCUCAGAGGUUCCUUUUCAGCUGACUGUCCCGUGGCAGGUAAAGGAGUACCAUUCCCUGGGUGACCCUGGGACACAGGGUUCAAUGGCAGCUGCUCUGAAGGAGAGCUACGCCAUGGGCUAUGCCAGCACAUCACCAUCAGCAGUGCAGUGGGUCCUGGCACAGGGCACAGCCCCACAAAGUAGACGGCAGUUUGAGUGCCAGGUGUUCGAGGGGCACACGUGGGACAGCUUUCACAUAGCAGAUGUGCACACGUCUUCGUUGGGAAUCACGAUGACAUGGAGGCUUUCUUAUUUGCAAUUGAGGCGCCCCAAAUAUCAUGCCCCCGAAUCCACAUCAGGCUACAAAGACCACGCUAGUCUCCUUGACAAAAGCCACGAAUCUCUAGCAAGACCAUUAAGCAGUUUGACUUGAAGACCAGGGCAGAAUGAGUUGGAAGGUCAGGAGGACGGUGGCUGUGAUGCUCUGAGAACUCUUUGCAGGAACAAGCCCAGGGACCGGGAGGUUCAGGAUGGAAAGCUGGAAAGGACUUUUAAAGGCAGAAGGGCAGAUUUGUCUUUGCUGGCCUUAGGUUUGGGGGAGGGGUGGGCAGACACCCCCUACCGUCCAAAGAGGUCCAGAGCCGUGUUUGUUCUGGACAGCAAGGCUCCAGAGGAUUUUUGCUUACGCUCAUCGGCAGCAUUUCAGGGCAGCGUGGCCCUGGGAGGCUUUCAGGACUGUGUUUUCAAUUGGCUGACCUGUUCUGAACUUUCCCUUGACAUGAAUGCGGCCCUUUUCAUACCCCCUUUGUGGAUCCAGAAGUCUUGCCAUAAACAUGGCAGGGGUUCCGCGACAGACUGAUGGCUGGUCUCUAAAGAGUGAAGGUGGAACAUUUAGCAUGAUUCCAUCGUCCUGAGACCUGCUGUUAUUUCUAGACGUGCUCUGGUGGAGUGGGGGGGGGGUCCUCCAAAGGAGGGAAGGAAAAAGGAAUGGCUAAGUACAGUCCAGGUGGGUGACAUUAUUCAUGCCUGUUCUACCUUCCUUUUGUGCCAAAGAUGUUCUAGAACUGAUUGGGCUGGAGAGACGGUCAAAAUAAGAGAGGACGUUGUUACACCUGUAACAACAUCUCUGUUAGAUCCACGAAAGCAUUCCCUGGGCAUUCUGUGCUGAUGCUGCCUGGGGUGCCCACAUUGCUUUUCAAGUAGGGAGUUGCCUUGCUGGGCUGGAAAACGGCACUGGGGUAUCCACUCUUCCACCGGUUAGUUUGCAAUGGCUCAGCAGAAGGGUCUUAGAGAUGUGCCACGAACAUAAGCAUCAUCCUUCCACCUGCGACAAAGCCCAUUCCUGAAAUAUUCCAACCCGGCCACCUGGACACUCGUGCCGAAGGACUACUGAGUGUCCCUAAGAGCUCAAAGAAGGCGUUUAGCUUGUGUUAACGUUUCACUUCUUUAACCUUGGUUCUAGCUAGCUCUGUAUACUGUACAUAAAUGUAUGCCUCUGUAUUUGCCAUGUAUACUGAAAUAAACCUUUAAAGUUAUCGCCAGGCAGAAUGAAUGGGUUCAGUUCUAAUAUAAUGGCGCAAAGCAUAUCGUCACAGUACAAGUGAAACAGACAGCUUCCCCCCUUCCCUUCUUCUGCACAGAAUCGCACCACCGAGCUGGCCUGCCACGCUGGCUCUUUUAGAAAACCAUAGAGCCGACCGUUUUUGUGAGCAGGCGAACCCCAAACAAACAAGCUGUUUGUUGCCACUGUUAAGGCUGACGGUUCCUUUACACCUAGGACACAGAGAGAGUCUACGACCUAGUACCGAAAAGGCAUUGGUGAUGGGGGGAUAAAACCCACAGGGUCUUCUCUGAUGAGGCCACGUGGCCUCGUUGUAAGAUAUUCACGAACUCUUAACUCUUCCAGCAGUGAAUUAAGAGAACGGAGUCUGCAACAAUCAGACCUCACAGGCAGGCCGCCCUCCACGUCCAGCCACACUGUUUCAAGUCAAGCACGUCUGCGUUAGGUUUGUGCCUUUUCAUAGAGGGCUCUCUGCGACGGAUCAUUUCUCAGGCUCAAAGACGCUGGCCUCGUUGAUAUUUCAUUUAGAACGUACUGCGGAGAGCGUCUCAUUUAAUAUUACUUCCCUAAUUAACGGGGAGACCUUAGGCACUACCUUUGCACAGACAGAUCUCGUCACAGUGGUCGACGGGUAGAGGAGAAACAAACAGUAGGUAUUUCAUUCACCAGCAGCGUGUCGCUAGUUAGUGGGAAAUGAUCACGUAUGCUGUUGCUUUAAUUGCCAGGGUAGAUAAUUCUGCCUCGGUGUAAGGGAACAUUUUAAAGCACUUGGUGCAAAUAGACUAGAAACAAAACACACACACACACACACACACACAAUUACCUUGAUUAUGCAACACCUUAGCAUAGAAAGUUACAAAGGUAUGUCUUUCUUUUUUUAAAAUUGCAUUCUAUCGUGCAAAUAUUCUCUAAUAUGCAUGUGCUGAGUACUCAUCAUCUACUGUAUUUUAGGAAAUACAAUUAGGCCGCCUUUCUCUUCUCCCGUGUAGACUGUAAAUACCUGUAGAUCUUUCUCUUGCUUCCUUAUGUAAAUAUAUGUAAAUACUAACACGCUCUGCAUGCUAACAUUCUAGGCAAUUUCAGGUACUUUUAUAAUCUGAAGGCAUGUACUUGAAGUGGUUUGUUUGUUAAAAGGAGGAAAAAAAACCCCACCUCUCUCAAACUCUUGAAAGCUGAAUAGAAAUUAAAGAUUUCUUCCUA